UGAAAUAGCAAGCGAAAGGAUGGGCAGGAAUAGAAGUUAUGACCUGUUGGUGAUUGCCAGAAAUAGAAGGCAUUUGAGGGACGCUUCGAACCCUCUGGAACUUGAAGAAAAUAUAUUUUUGAAACACUUCAGGCUAUCAAAGCCAGCUUUUGUCCAAUUACUUGCUGACAUUGAUAACCAUCUAAGGCCAGCAAAGCGAAUAACUUCGAUUCCAAGCAUUAUAAAAUUAGCUACCGCACUACGAUUCUGCGCCCAUGGUUCAUACCAAUUUAGUGUUGGCAACGAAUAUUGCCUGGGACUUGCACAGUCGACCGUAUCCGUCGUGCUAAAAGAAGUGUUAAACUGUCUCGAAAGAAUAAUUUGCCCAGUGUGGAUUAAGUUUCAUUAUACCGAAGCUGAAAAAUCACGCUCUAAACUUUAUUUUUAUGAGCGCAGCCAUAUACCAGGAGUAAUAGGUUGUGUCGAUGGCACGCACAUUAAAAUUGCUUCUCCAAAAAAGGAUCUCCAACAUCCUUACUAUAAUCGUAAAGGAUUUUACAGCAUAAAUGCAAUGAUAGUUUGUGACGAUACGAUGAAAAUCCGUUUCAUCAACGCAAAAUACCCUGGAUCAACUCACGAUGCCAAUGUUUUUAACAUGUCAACCCUAAGGGUAAUUCUGGAAAGGGAAACUGAAAGAGGACAAUCAAACUCUUUCCUUUUAGGAGAUGGAGGAUAUCCCCUAAAACCGUAUUUGUUGACUCCAUAUCGAAAUCCCGAAUUGGCGUCACGUGAAAGUGCAUUCAACAAAAAACAUGCACAGGCAAGAAACAUAAUCGAACGAACAAUUGGGGUUCUUAAAAAUCGAUUCAGAUGUUUGCUACGGGCAAGAGAGUUGCAUUAUAUUCCGAAGAAAGUAACUCAAAUCACAAACGUGUGCGCAGCAUUGCAUAACAUUUGCUUGUUCUACAAUACCCCUAUAGUUGAUGACUCCAUAAAUGAGCCCGAAGACGAUGAUGAUGAUGACUCAAGUGACAUUCAAAAUUCAAAUGAUACUGUACACCAGAUAAACAACAAUGCUAUCAGUAUUAGAAACGAAAUUCUAAUAUCAAUGAUGGAAAGUUGAAAUAGAAUAAGAUGUACAACAUUUUUUUUAAUAAAUACUUAUUUUAUUAGGUACAAAAAGU